AUGGAGAUGCGGCCACCUCUGGGGUCUCUGGCCAUGGUUCUCCCGGAGAAUGAGCCCCUGGCGGAGCUGAGCCAGACCUCGCGAUGCCCUGUCCUGGUCCCCGUGGGGCAGGACAGGCGGAGGGGGCCGUUUCCAGCCCAGGGCCCCGAGCCGGCCCGGGCCCAGCCGGUGGGUGGUGCCGAUUGUCUCUCCUCCGGCCCCGGGGGAGUCACGAGCGACAGCCCUGAGGAGGACGAGGCCAGCAGCACGGAGAGUGCCCAGAACGGGGACGUGAGCCCCCAGGCGGGCGCGGAGGGGUCCCGGUUGCGGGGGGAGCAGGACAAGGCGCUGGGCCGGGUAGCGGAGCUGGAGAGUUGCAUCAAGGAGCUGCAGCACCAGCAGAAGGAGAUGAACAUGGAGAUGAAACUGGAGGGGGCGCUGCUGGAGGGGGAGCUGGCGGCCGAGUGGCGGGAGAUUCAGCGCGAGGAGCAGCUGGUCCUGCAGCUGCAGAGGAGGUUCGCAGAGACGGUGCACCGGUGCCACAUCGAGAGAGAGAAGGAGAAGGCUCGGCUGGGGAAGGAGCGGCACAAGGUGGAGGAGCUCCAGAGGCAACACGCCGAGUCCCAGACCCACCUGGAGACCCAGCCCGAGAGCAUGCGGGAGCGGAUGCAGAGCCAGCUGCAGCAGACGUCGGAGAUGCUGGAGGGAGCACUGAAGAGCUACGAGGACCUGGAGUUCCAGCAGCUGGAGCGCGAGAGCCGCUUGGAAGAGGAGAAGGAGGAGGCCUGCCAGGCCUUGGCCCGCCAGGUGGCCCAGGUGCAAGAGAGGCUCAAGGAGAGGAAGAGGAAGGUGCGCAGGCUGGAGGCCCAGGUGCGCUCGGUGCAGGAGCACAUGGCGGGCGAGUGCCGCAAGCUGGCGCAGGAGAAGGGAGAGGCCGUCCAGAGCCUCAACUUGGAGAGGCGUCGGCUGGAGGAGCUGGGCAAAGUCUGUGAAGACGAGAGCAGAGAUGACUCUCCUGUCAGUAACCAGGAGCUCACCAAGCUCAUGUUCACCCAAAAGACGGAUCGGAAGGUCGUGGUGCUGGGCUGCGACCAGCGCGACCCGGCCUGCGUGUUCUCCGUCCGCAGCUCCGUCCAGAGCUCCUUCGGGCUGCAGAGAUCGAGGAGCCUGCCUCGAAGACGGGGGGACCGGCUGGUCCCCCGCCCCACCCAGCGCCCCCUCUCGCUCGAAGCCAACGGGGGGCUAGACUCAGACGUCCUGGCGCUGCAGCUCUCAGCGGGGGGCGACCGGCGCUGCGUGCCGCUCAAACAUCUCAACGCCCCCCUGUACCCGCUGGGGGGGCCAUACAGCAGCGUCAGCUCCUGUGUCACCAAACUGGCCGAAAUGGAGCGGAUGGUGCGGGAGGCCAUGGCAGAGAGAGAGCGGCUGCUGCAGGCGCGGGAGGCGAAGCGAGUGGCCCACGGGGAGACACAACACACGGAGCCGCCCCCCCCUGCCCAGGACCGGGGGCCGGGGCCGGCGCGGGAGCCCCCUGCCCCCCUGGACCUGCGUGCCCACCUGGAGGCCUCGGGGCACAGCCUGGAGACCUGCCCCGAGGUGCGGGUGACGGGCAGGGCCUGCCGCGGCUUCCUGGUCAAGAUGGGCGGGCGCAUCAAAACCUGGAAGAAACGUUGGUUCUGCUUCGACCGUCAGCGGCGCCUGCUGGCCUACUACGUGGACAAAGAGGAGGCGAAGCUCAAGGGCGUCAUCUACUUCCAGGCCAUCGAGGAGGUUUAUUAUGAUCACCUGCGCAGCGCCUUCAAGAGCCCCAACCCCAAACUGACCUUCUGUGUCAAGACCUACGACCGGCUCUUCUGCCUGGUGGCGCCCAGCGCCGAGGCCAUGCGCAUCUGGAUGGACGCCAUCGUCACGGCCGCCGAGGAGAACACGCGCUAUUGA